UCUCUUUUGUCUCUCUUGGUAAGAAAACAUUAUGACGUCGUCUGAGUCCACAAUGAAGAAAGGAACAAAACGAAAAAUCGAAAUCAAGAAGCGAGAAACCAAACAGCAACGAGCGGUGGCUUGCUCUAAACGCCGUCAAACUGUCUUUUCCAGAGCCGCCGAUCUCUGUCAUCUCUCCGGAGCCAACCUCGCCGUCUUCGUAACCUCUCCGUCAGAGAUCUCCGACGUUGUUUACUCCUUCUCCGGCUACUCUCCUGCCCAAGAGAUCGCUGAUUGUUACCUAAAUGGCAAGCCACCUCCUAAGAUUAAACCCCAAUCGCAAGCGCAAGGGUUCUGGUGGGAAGACCCUGAUCUGUACAAUUCUUGUGAUGAUCUCUCUGAGUUAAACAUCAUCGAGGAUCGUAUAGAGAGAGCGAAGAAGCAUGUGAUGGCUUGCCUUGAGAAGAUUGAACAAAGAGGGUGUCGGAAUUAAACGGAUUGAGGAAACAGACUUUGUGGUUCCUCUUCUUCUUCUGUCUUCGUCUCUCCUUUGUCCUCAUGGUGUGCGGUGGUGCUAUUGCUUCCUCUUUACCCCUUAGAAGCUCUUUUUCUCUAUAACUUUGGAUCUAGCUCUUCUUGUUCCUCGGAUUUGGAAUUGAUAUGGUUUUGUUUAUCUCUCUGGUGUCUUUGCGUGAGGAUAGCUAUAUCCAAUUGAUUUGUAGAGAACUGUAGAACUGAUGUAGACGAUUAUAAUGCAAGUGCUUGUGAAAGCGAUUGAUUAUGUAUGUGCUUCCUCCAGUGUCUUGUCUAAUGUGUGUUCCUUGCAUAUAUAUAUAUAUAGCUUGAGACUUGAGAGAA